UAUUUUUAGCCUGUUACAAAUUCGCGCCCGAACUACUUUUAUUAUUUUUAAAAUAAAAAAAAAUAAAAUGCAUGUUUUGUGCUAGUGUUUUAUAAAAGUGAUAUUUUAAAAUUCAUAUUCAUAAAGACUGUUUGUAAACAAAGCAAUAAAAGGACUUAAUUACAAAAAUGGAUUCCGAAAUCGUGGAAACGCAAACGAAAAAGCCGAAGCCAUUUUCAAUAGAAUCUUUAAUAGGGAGUGAUAAAAACAGAAAAUCACCGGAGAUAGACAUAGAGAACAACAUUUCGGAACAUUCUAGAACGUCAGAAGAAGAAGAUGGAGAGAGAUUGGACGGAUUAAACCGGAUGAGAUAUUAUUUUAACGCGCCAUUUCUACAACAAAAUGGCGUAUCAUUUCCUUUUCUUCUGGGUUAUCCAGAGCCGUGGUUGUCGAGGGUUUUAGGGUCGAAUCCGCCGGCGUCCACGCAGGAGAAAGAAGAUGACAAGAGAGAGAGUCCAGUGAGUGUUGGGAGUGAAAUAGAGAGUGACGGCGGAGAGGACAAUACGCAAGGAAACGACUCAGAGCCAGAUCUAGAAGAUUCAAGCACGGAACCGAGGGAAAGUAAAGCAAGAAGAAGAAGAACCGCAUUCACUUCUGAGCAGCUUCUAGAACUAGAGAGGGAGUUUCACGCCAAGAAGUACCUUAGUCUUACGGAGAGGUCGCAGAUAGCCUCCGCCCUCAAACUCAGUGAGGUCCAAGUGAAAAUAUGGUUCCAAAACCGCCGAGCAAAGUGGAAGCGGGUCAAAGCAGGCCUGGCAUCAGGCAGCCAUGGCGGCAAGAACACAACUGGCACCAAGAUAGUGGUGCCAAUUCCGGUGCACGUCAACAGGUUUGCCGUCAGGACCCAGCACCACCAGAUGGAGAAGCAGAACCUGCAGUUCCGGCUUGACCGGAGUCAGCCGCUGCCUGGUAGCCUCAUGCAGUCUCAAACAUCAGCGUUUUGCUCCAAAGUCGAUUCAAGACAAGAGAACCCACUUGACCGAGUAUAUGACACCAACAUGAGAUUAGCGGCCAUAAGCCAGAGUUUAGGGCAAAAUUUGACCCAAAAUCUGGGGCAAAACUUGCCCCAAAAUUUAAGUCAAAAUUUGCCCCAGAAUUUAGGUCCAAAUCUAAGGUUUGCUAAUGGAAGACAUAGUUAAAGAUUAAAAAUAAGGAUUUUACGGACCAUAGUGGGAUCAGAAUAGUUUAGGAGUUAUUAUUGUAUGUAUUAUAUAAACAUAUAGAAAGAAAGAAAGAAAGAAACGUUAAUUAUAAAGGGACACCACAUUACCAAAUACAAAACAAAUAACAAAUAUA